AUGUAUUCUAAGCCUUUAUUCCAAGCUUUUGAACGGCGAGUCUAUCGGUCGCCUCGACGACGAUUCCGUUCGUGCACGACUGAGUUGCGCCGAAGUGAGAACAUCUUGAGCUGCUUGUUACCGGAACUUGAGCUUCAGGUCCAGGUACACCUUUUCGAUCACUCGCAGUCACUUCCGCCAUUUUUCCGCGCCCUUGAUCACUCCUACAAAACUUCGACGGCCAAGUGA